AUGGCCUUGAACUCGUUCGAACCCAUGGCCGAAAUUGGGGUAUGGGCCCCAAUCGAAAACCCAAAUAAAGAUGAAUUUGCGGUUUGGGCAGCGAACUUUGCCGUGAGCAAACAAAACAAGAAAGUCAAUACGUCACUAAAGUUUGAUUGUAUCGUCAGUGGACAGGUAGAAGAACUCGAUAACGGGUUCCAAUAUGGAUUUUUUCCUACAGAUUUACAGUACAAGCUAGUGAUCUCAGCGAAUGAUGGCAGCGGAAUCCAAAAGCAGUACGAAGCCGUUUUGUAUGUCGAACGAGAGGAAAAUGCUAAAGAGGGCACCUUUCUCGUUUCCUUUGCAGAAUUUAAAACAACAAAUUGA